AUGAAUAACUGCCCAGCACGAGCAAGCCGGUCAGAAGGACAAGCCCAGGACCUCAAUGCACCUGAGCCCAGGAUACCACCCGCAGAUGCUCCACACCUCCACACCCUCCUCACCUCCACAAUUUCCACACCUCACCUCCACAACCUCCUCCACAUCUCACCUCCACACCCUUCUCACCUCCACACCUCCUCACCUCCAUACCCUCAGCUCCACAACCUCCUCCUCACCUCCUCAGCUCCACAACCUCCUCACCUCCACACCCUCCUCACCUCCACACCUCCUCACUUCAACUUCCACACCUCACCUCCACAACCUCCUUACCUCCACAACCUCCUCCACAUCUCACCUCCACAACCUCCUCCACAUCUCCUCACUUCCACAACAUCCUCACCUCCACACCUCAUCUCCACAACCUCCACACCUCAUUUCCACACCUCUUCACUUCCGCACCUCUACAACCUCCUCACCUCCACAAUUUCCACACCUCCUCACCUCCACAACCUCCUCACCUCCACAACUCCUCACCUCCACACCCUCCUGACGUCCACACCUCCAUACUCUCCUCACCUCCACAACCUCACCUCCAUACCCUCACCUCCAUAA